AGUUUUAACCGAUCAAUUCGUUACAUUUCACCCGUACCUUAAGCCCAGCUGUAAAAAUGAAACUUUUCAUCACAUUGUCUACCCUGCUGGCCACAGUCUUAGCCAUUGAGUAUCAUCAUGUGGAACACAAACACAUUCCGAUUGUCCACAGUGAAUCCUAUCACGGGCAUGAUGGAAGUUUCAAGCAUGGUUACGAGUCAGGCAAUGGAAUUUCCGUCCAGGAGCAGGGAUACGUGAAGAAUGCUGGAGCGGGCAAGGAUCACGAGACCAACGUUGUUCACGGAUCGUACUCUUACGUCGACCCGCAUGGUGUCCCCGUAUCUGUGAGCUACACUGCCGAUGAAAAUGGUUUCCAGGCUCAUGGAUCUCAUAUCCCCACACCUCCGCCACUACCGAAAGCUCUAGUGGAAGCGUACGCCAAAGCUGGAAGCCAUCCUGACAGCCACAGCGAAGUUCAGCACUAUAGCAAGCCAGACCUCUACAAGCACUACUAAAUAGUUGCAUGCAUAGAAAUGACUUCUGAGGUUCGCUUUCACUGGAAGUCAGGGUACCAAUCAAGAGAAAAAGACUGCCCAACUGCAGCAGCUUUCAAUGUGAUAUCUUUUCGUUCGGCCCAGAGGGCCGCUCGAAAAGAUUCGACUCGUUUUAUUUUUGUAGAAAAUAUAUAGUCAAAUAACGAACGAACAUUAGUAACAAUUAAAACCAAA